CGUGAACUUCACCCGGAAGUUGUUAGCGGACGUCUUCACACCGGAGGAAAUUAUAAAAAUGGCAGAGCGCGGAUAUAGUUUCUCUCUCACUACAUUUAGCCCUUCUGGGAAACUGGUACAGAUUGAAUAUGCCUUGGCAGCUGUAGCAGCUGGUGCACCUUCUGUAGGAAUUAAAGCCUCCAAUGGUGUGGUGCUGGCGACAGAGAAAAAGCAAAAAUCUAUCCUUUAUGAUGAGCAAAGUGUUCAUAAAGUCGAACCGAUAACUAAAAACAUUGGCAUGGUCUACAGUGGCAUGGGUCCAGACUACAGGGUCCUUGUCAGGAGAGCUAGGAAACUGGCUCAGCAGUACUUCCUGGUUUACCAAGAACCUAUUCCUACAGGCCAGCUAGUGCAGAGGGUGGCAUCGGUCAUGCAGGAAUAUACACAGUCAGGAGGUGUACGUCCAUUCGGAGUGUCCCUGCUCAUUGCUGGUUGGGAUGAGGACAGACCGUAUCUCUUUCAGUCAGAUCCUUCAGGUGCGUACUUUGCCUGGAAAGCCACAGCGAUGGGAAAAAACUAUGUGAACGGAAAAACCUUUCUUGAAAAAAGAUACAAUGAGGACCUGGAACUCGAGGAUGCCAUACACACAGCCAUCUUGACCUUGAAGGAAAGUUUUGAAGGACAGAUGACAGAAGAUAACAUUGAAGUGGGCAUCUGUAAUGAAGCUGGAUUUCGCAGACUUUCACCUGCUGAAGUGAAGGAUUAUCUUGCAGCGAUUGCAUAAUUAAAUGCAGCUAUACAAUACAAACGUGCUGGGUUUUUUCCCCCCAUUGUCUCUAUAAUUCUGAGUAAGCAUUUUUAUUAUUUGUAUAUCUACUCCUCUCCUUUGUACCAGAACAGACCAUCAAUAAAUCAACUAAAACGAC